AUGGACGCUACAACUAACACAGCAGUACAAACAUUUGAUGCUGGAUGGCAAUCAAAUAUAUUGUAUACUGGAAAUACAAUCAUUAUCAUAACGAAUUAUACGUGGAUUCCAGGACGUCGUUAUUAUGUUCUUUUUGAUAGUGGGCCUGAAUCAGCUCCAAUAACUGAUUCAACAUUUUGGGCUUUCAAUAUAUGGGAUCCCGGUGUAUCAAGCACAACCACAACUACUACCACGCCUCCAACAACAGGAACUGUAACAACUCGACCAUUAUCAACAACGACUGUUAAUACAUUGUUAACAACUACUGGUCUUCAUGUUACUUCUACUACUACUGUUACAAUCACAACUACUACUGAAUCUACGACAACUUCAACUACUACAUCCAGUAAUAUUUGA